GGGGAGAUCGCGGCGGGGCCUGACGCUGGGGCUCUGCUGUCCUGUCCCUGCAGGGCCUGGCGGGACGGGACGGGGCAACCCGGAAGGACACAAGCCGCGGCCGCCUGUCUCCCUAGGACAGAAAGACUCACCGUCCGGCCGGCCUUUUGCCCAGGCGACUGCAGCCAGGAUGGGCCGGAAGGUGACCGUGGCCACCUGCGCGCUCAACCAGUGGGCCCUGGACUUCGAGGGCAAUUUGCAAAGGAUUUUAAAGAGUAUUGAAAUUGCCAAGCACAAAGGAGCAAGAUACAGGCUUGGACCAGAACUGGAAAUAUGUGGCUACGGUUGUUGGGAUCAUUAUUACGAGUCGGACACCCUCCUGCAUUCGCUCCAGGUCCUGGCUGCCCUUCUGGAAUCUCCAGUCACUCAGGAUAUCAUCUGUGAUGUGGGAAUGCCCGUGAUGCACCGAAACGUCCGCUACAACUGCAGGGUGAUCUUUCUCAACAGGAAGAUCCUGCUCAUCAGACCCAAAAUGGCCUUGGCCAACGAGGGCAACUACCGAGAGCUGCGCUGGUUCACCCCGUGGUCCCGGAGCCGGCAAACAGAGGAAUAUUUUCUCCCCCGGAUGAUACAGGACCUGACAAAGCAGGAAACCGUGCCCUUUGGGGAUGCUGUCCUCUCCACCCGGGACACGUGCAUCGGGAGUGAGGUCUGCGAGGAACUCUGGACACCCCACAGCCCACACGUGGACAUGGGCCUGGACGGCGUGGAGAUCUUCACCAAUGCCUCAGGCAGCCACCACGUGCUGCGCAAAGCCCACGCCAGGGUGGACCUGGUGACCAUGGCCACCACCAAGAACGGCGGGAUUUACUUGCUGGCCAAUCAGAAGGGCUGUGACGGGGACCGGCUGUACUACGACGGCUGUGCCCUGAUAGCCAUGAACGGCAGCAUCUUUGCCCAGGGAUCCCAGUUCUCUCUGGACGACGUGGAAGUCCUCACCGCCACGUUGGAUUUGGAGGACGUCAGAAGCUACAGGGCAGAGAUUUCAUCUCGAAACCUGGCGGCCAGCAGAGUGAGCCCCUACCCCCGCGUGAAGGUGGACUUCGCCCUGUCCUGCCACGAGGACCUGCUGGAGCCGCUCUCUGAGCCCAUUGAGUGGAAAUACCACAGUCCCGCCGAGGAGAUCAGCCUCGGACCUGCAUGCUGGCUCUGGGAUUUUUUAAGACGUAGCCAACAGGCGGGGUUCUUCCUGCCCCUGAGCGGCGGGGUGGACAGCGGGGCCACCGCCUGUCUCGUCUACUCCAUGUGCCACCAGGUCUGCGAGGCUGUGAAGCGCGGAAGUCAGGAAGUGCUGGACGACGUCCGGACCAUUGUGAACCAGACCAGCUACAGCCCCCAGGACCCCCGGGAGCUCUGCGGCCGCAUCCUGACCACCUGCUACAUGGCCAGCGAGAACUCCUCCCGGGAGACGUGCAACAGAGCCAGAGAUCUCGCCCAGCAGAUCGGAAGCCACCACAUCGGUCUCAACAUCGACCCAGCCGUGAAGGCCGUCAUGGGCAUCUUCAGCCUGGUGACGGGUAAAAGCCCUGCGUUUGCAGCUCACGGAGGAAGCAGCCGGGAGAACCUGGCCCUGCAGAACGUACAGGCGCGGGUGAGGAUGGUCAUGGCCUACCUCUUCGCUCAGCUGAGCCUCUGGUCCCGGGGCGCCCCAGGCAGGCUUCUCGUGCUCGGAUCUGCCAACGUGGAUGAGAGCCUCCUCGGCUACCUGACCAAGUACGACUGCUCCAGCGCGGACAUCAACCCCAUAGGCGGGAUCAGCAAGACAGACCUGAGAGCGUUCGUCCAGCUCUGCAUGGAGCGCUUCCAGCUUCCCGCCCUGCAGAGCAUCCUGGCAGCACCGGCCACUGCCGAGCUGGAGCCCUUGGCCCACGGACGGGUGUCCCAGACUGACGAGGAAGACAUGGGAGUGACCUACGCGGAGCUGUCGGUCUACGGGAGGCUCCGGAAGAUCGCCAAGAUGGGGCCCUACAGCAUGUUCUGCAAACUCCUCUACGUGUGGAAGGACGUCUGCACCCCCAGACAGGUGGCCGACAAAGUGAAGCGGUUUUUCUCGAAGUAUUCCACGAACAGACACAAAAUGACCACACUGACCCCCGCGUAUCACGCCGAGAGCUACAGCCCAGACGACAACAGGUUCGACCUGCGGCCGUUUCUGUACAACGCCCACUGGCCUUGGCAGUUCCGCUGCAUAGAAGCUCAGGUUCUCCAGCUGGAGAGGAGACAGCAUCAGGACCUGGACGGCGUGGACUGAGCCCAGGUCCUGCGCAGAGGGCUCCCCUCCCGCGAGGAUGCUCGUGCUACGUCUGCCUUGCCGGUGACUGUGCAGGAGUGGCUGGCGUGUCGACAAGCCCCGUCUGACAUAUUUCAGGGAGAGGGAUCUUUUCGGUCCAGUUUCUUUAAAAAAGGCUGAAAUACAAGAGGAUGCAAUUUUAAACCCUCUUCUGUUUUUUUUUUUAAUUAAUUUUUAUUGGCGUAUAGUUGAUUUACAAUGUUCUGUUAGUUUCUGCUGUACGGCAAAGUGAAUCAGCCAUACGUACACAUAUAUCCGCUCUCUUUUAGAUUCUUUUCCCAUGGAGGGCAUUACAGAGUCUGAGUAGCGUUCCCUGUGCUGUACAGCAGGUACUGGGAUGGACACACCCAGACUACUAUAUAUAAACCCUCUUCUUGAAGCGAGCGAUUUCCCCAGCCCCUCUGGCCCUUGUGCAGCAUCUCCUCUGAGUGUCACCUGAGCUGAAGGAGGAUUUUCCAGGUGGGGAUGGAGGAGGCCCUGGGGGUGGAGGGUGGUUCUAGAACGACCGUCCCCGCCCGUCACCCACCCUUGCAAUCUCUGUAGUUUUGCAAAGCAGCCCUUUCUCCUUUUCUGCCUCUGUCCUUGUGUAUGAUUCUUCUCACUAUAAACUGGCCCAUUUCCCAGA